UGUAGCAGGCCUCGCCUGAUAUUAUUCAUAGUAGUAGGCCUUGAUUCUAGAAUAGAAAGAAAUUGUCAUUAGUUAGCCAACCACCAAUCAAGUCAGAAGCAAUAAACUCUAGCUCCUAGCGACCUGUUUUAUUUCCUUGGUUACGGCCUUGUUUACGGCUAUAACAGCUGGCGACGAAAAGAAAAGUUUGAAGCAACUCGAAGACCCUCAAGAAAAAACCCCGAAAACAUCAAGAAAAUGCCCGACGCGGAUCUGAAGAACGCCAUCCUGCAGCUCACCAAUCUCAUCGCGCGGCAGCAGCACCAGAUUGAAGCGCAGCAGCAGCAAAUUGAAAAUCUGGGAAUCCGUGGCCACCCCGGCUCCGGCAGCGAGAAGAUCAUCGAGUCUUUGGCAAGCGGCAUUCAAGAUUUCCAGUACGAUCCGGACGGCGGAGUUUUCUUCGAUGGCUGGUACGCGAGGUAUGAGGACGUCAUCACGAAGGACGGCCAAUCCCUGGACGACGCCGCCCGUGUGAGGUUGCUUCUACGCAAGCUAAGCACACUUUUGCACGAAAAGUACGUGAAUACCAUUCUUCCCAACCACCCCCGGGACUUCACCCUGGACGAGACCGUCACGAAGCUGAAGAAACUGUUCGGUCGGCAGAAGUCGGUCUUUCAUUCCCGUUACCAAUGCCUGCAGUACGCAAAAAGUGACGCGGAUGACUUCACCUCGUAUGCUGCCAUGGUGAACAAACACUGUGAAGCGUUUCAACUUUCCAAGCUCACCCCGGAUCAAUUCAAGGCGCUCCGUUUCGUCUGUGGACUCCAAUCGCCACGGGAUGCGGACAUCCGAACAAGAUUGAUCUCGAAGCUGGAAGCCGACGAAACCGCAGUCAACGAACAAGGAGAAGCGGCCAGCAAGGUCACCCUGGAGAACCUCGUGGAAGAAUGUCAUCGCGUGGCCAACCUCAAACAGGACACACUGAUGGUGGAGAACAAGGAAGCACGCAACGUCAACAUUGUCUCCCGCAAGCCGAAGAAUCCUGUGAAAAAUCCGAAAAUCCCCAAAACGCCCUGCUGGAAGUGUGGUGACCAGCACUACGUACGCGAGUGUCCAUUCGCUUCGCACACCUGUUCCAGAUGCAAGCAGCUAGGACACAAGGAGGGGUACUGUUCAAGCAACAAGCCUCCACCCUCGAAGCCAUUCAAGCAGACGAAACCCAAAGAGAACGUGAAGACGAGGAGCAUCCACACCGUUCGGAACGUCGGAAGCAAGCGGAAGUUCAUCCCGGUCGAGCUCAACGGUACAACAGUCAAGCUCCAGCACGACUCGGCGUCCGACAUCACCAUUAUCUCCGAAGAUACUUGGAACAGCAUCGGACAGCCACCCACUCAACCGACGGAGGAAUCUGCAGUAACAGCUUCUGGUGGCAACCUGAACCUUCUCGCCGAGUUCCAAACCGAGAUCACCAUCAGGAAUGUGACCAAAACCGGUCGCAUCUUCAUCUCGGACAACGCUGAACUCAACGUUCUUGGAAUCGAGACUAUGGAUCUAUUCGAUCUGUGGUCUGUGCCGAUCAGCAGCUUGGUCAACGUCGUACACCAACGUCCCGACCAACAACCCGAUGAAUACGUGAGUCAACUCAAGCAACACUUCCCGGAGGUUUUCCGAAGCACGCUGGGUAGGUGCACUAAAGCGCAAGUGAAGCUGUACCUGAAGCCUGAUGCACGUCCUUCCUAUUGCCCGAAGCGACCCGUGGCGUACGCUGCGCUCCCCAAGGUAGAUGAAGAACUCGAAAGGCUCCAGAACAACGGUAUCAUUUCUCCGGUACGAUUCUCGGACUGGGCAGCUCCAAUAGUCGUCGUACGCAAAGCGGACAACAUUUCGGUCCGUGUGUGUGGUGAUUAUUCGACGGGGUUGAACGACGCGCUGGAAUGUGACCGCCACCCACUGCCUCAUCCUGACGACCUCUUUGCGGAACUUGCUGGAGCACGUUACUUCACACACCUCGACUUGUCUGAUGCUUACCUGCAGGUCGAGGUCGAGGAGGAAUCGCGGAAGCUACUCACGGUCAACACCCACCGUGGCCUAUUCCAGUACAACCGAUUACCCCCUGGAGUCAAGUCGGCACCCGGCGCUUUCCAGCGCAUCAUCGACAGCAUGGUGGCCGGCAUCCCUGGAGUCAAGCCGUAUCUGGACGACAUCCUCAUCGCUGGUCGGACCAAGGAGGAACAUGACCGCAAUCUCUACGCCGUUCUCAACCGUAUGCGUGAGUAUGGUUUCCACUUACGUCUCGAAAAGUGUCGUUUCGCACUCUCCCAGAUCGAGUUCCUCGGACAUAUCGUGGACAAAGAUGGCAUCCGCCCGGAUCCUUCCAAAACCGAUUCCAUUUGGAAGAUGCAACCUCCGAAGGACGUUCAGCAGCUCCGUUCCUACCUCGGUGCUGUGAACUACUAUGGCCGAUUCGUGAAGCAGAUGAAGAAACUCCGGGCCCCUCUGGACAACCUGCUCAAGAAAGAUGCCCGUUGGAAUUGGACCGACGAAUGCCAACAAUCCUUCGAGCAGUUCAAGGCCAUUCUACUCUCCGAUCUGCUGCUCACCCACUAUGACCCAUCCAAGGAGAUCAUCGUCGCAGCAGAUGCAUCGAAGUACGGCCUUGGCGCAGUCAUCAUGCAUUGGUUCCCGACCGGUGAAGUGAAGGCAAUCGCUCAUGCCUCUCGCUCACUGACCCCGGCAGAGAUGAACUACGGACAAGUGGAAGAGGAAGCAUUGGCCCUGAUUUUCGCUGUCACUCGCUUCCACAAGAUGCUGUACGGACGCCACUUUCUCCUGCAGACCGAUCACCAACCGCUCCUCAAGGUUUUCGGUUCCAAGAAAGGUAUUCCUGUUUACACCGCGAACCGAUUGCAGCGUUGGGCCUUGACACUCCUGCUGUAUGAUUUCGACAUCAAGCACGUUUCAACGACAAACUUCGGCUAUGCAGAUUUCCUUUCGCGGCUGAUGUCAUCGCAACGAAGGCCGGAUGAAGAUUAUGUGAUAGCCGCCGUAUACGUCGAAUCCGAAGCGAAAGCAAUACUCGAAGACACCAUCAGCAACCUCCCAGUCACGCACCAGAUGAUUGUGGCUGAAACACGAAAGGACCCAGUUCUCAAGCAAGUGGUGAACUUCCUCAAGGAGGGUUGGCCGGCCCAAUCGAAGCAAAUUGCGGAUCCAGAUGUCAAGAAGUACUUCGCAAGACGAGAUGGACUUCAAGUUGUCGACGACUGCAUCAUGUUCGGCGAUCGAAUCGUCGUUCCCCUCAAGUUUCGUAAGCGGAUUGUUCGACAAUUGCAUCGUGGACACCCAGGAAUGGACCGGAUGAAGUCUCUGGCCCGAAGCUACAUCUACUGGCCGAAUGUGGAUGACGACGUGACGCAGUUCGUUCGAGAGUGCACAGCGUGCGCUGAAGCAGCAAAGUCUCCGACGAAAGCAAGCCUGGAGUCGUGGCCUCUAGCAGUCAAGCCGUGGCAACGCGUCCACAUUGAUUUCGCUGGCCCAAUCGACGGUUAUUACUAUUUCGUCAUCGUGGAUGCCUACUCGAAGUGGCCCGAAAUUUUUCACACCCGUUCCAUCACCACAACCGCAACCCUGGAUCUGCUUCGUGAGACGUUUUCCCGUUUCGGCAACCCGGACACUCUGGUCUCGGACAACGGCACGCAAUUCACCAGCGUGCAGUUUCAGCAGUAUUGCCGUGAAAAUGGUAUCACCCACCUCCGCACUGCUCCCUACCAUCCGCAGUCCAACGGUCAAGCGGAACGAUUCGUUGACUCCCUCAAGCGCGGUCUCAAGAAGCUGAGCAAGGGGGAAGGCUCACCCACACUGGAGCACCUGCAGACAUUCCUCUCGGUGUAUCGCUCAACUCCAAAUCGAAACACACCGCAAUCGACGUCUCCUGCAGAAGCGUUCCUCGGAAGACCAGUACGCACCACUUUGGACCUCUUGAAGAAGCCUGCUCCUGAAGCCCCAGGUGCCAAGAACCUCAAGCAGAAUGAGCAGUUCAAUCGCCGGCAUGGAGCAAUCAAGCGCGACUUCGAAGAAGAUGACCUGGUGUACGUUGAACAGCAUUUCCGGAAUACCAAGUCAUGGAUGCCAGGUCGAGUCAUCGAACGGAAAGGUUCUGUUCAUUACAUUGUGUUGCUGGAAAACAACGGAAGACCGAAGCUGGUUAGAGCGCAUGUCAACCAAAUGCGCCCUCGCUACGAUACCGCCGUUCCAGAACCAACGACGCAGCUACCGUGGGAAGUCUUGCUCGAUGAAGUACAGCUACAAGCUACAGCGGUACUGGCUGAUCCCGAAGAACAGCCUGAUAUUGUCGAAGCUCUUGUUCCUGUUGUCACCCCGCCACCGGUCUUGGAAGAAGCUGCUGGUCCGGUACAAGCUACGUCUGGCAUUCCGCCGAUUGAAGAUGAUGAAGCUCCGACCGUACCACCGCCGGUCUCAUCGGAACCAGUUGAAGGAUAUCUGCGACGCUCUGUACGAGAAUCAAGAAUUCCAAGAUGGCUGUCGUCCUACAACAUAUUCUAAGAGGGGGAGAUGUAGCAGGCCUCGCCUGAUAUUAUUCAUAGUAGUAGGCCUUGAUUCUAGAAUAGAAAGAAAUUGUCAUUAGUUAGCCAACCACCAAUCAAGUCAGAAGCAAUAAACUCUAGCUCCUAGCGACUUGUUUUAUUCCCUUGGUUACGGCCGUGGUUACGGCUAUAACAAUUAGUA